AUGUUCUCUUGUGGCCCCCCUACAGUCAUACAUUCAGUUUUGGUGAUAUUUACCUCCAACUCCCAUUUCUUAUACUCCUCAUCAGCUUCCUUGCCAUAUAUUCAAGGUCGUCGUGAUCUUGGGCUAGGACUAUCUGGAAAACAGGGAGACGGAAUAUCCCCAAAGCUGUUUACAACAACACUAGAAGAAAUCUUCCGUCAACUGCACUGCACCAACAAAGGAUUAAAAACAGAUGGAGAAUAUCUUAACCAUUUAAGAUUCGCUGAUGACAUAGUCCUAAUUGCCAAUAAUCCUGAAGAACUACUAACACAAAUUAACGGACUAAAUACAGCCAGCAAUAAGAGAAAAAAUUCAGGAAAAUCCAGGAAAUUCUCUAACUAUCAGGAAAUAACCGAGUCGUCCGACAACUCUGCCCUAUACGAAAAUAAAUACUCACGUGAUUCUGAAAGCGGCGUGCUCGCAGAAUAAAAUCCGGCCUUUCCUGCAAGCCGGCAACGA